CCAUACUUGUAUGCAAUGGUAUCAGAAUUUUUGUCUUCCUGUGAAAUUUGUGCCAAGUAUAAUGUCCGAAAAGGGAUAACAACGCCAAUAGGGCAUAUACCCGUGCCAGAAGGACCUUUCAAACACUUGGUGAUGGAUUAUGUGGAUAUGAUAAAACGAGUACAAGGCAAAAGAUACAUGCUUGUUGUUGUUGACAGAUUUAGCCGUUGGGUAGAAGCAGUACCAUCAGCAGAUGAAGGGGCAGGAACGGUAAUAAAAUUUUUGACAAGAGAAGUGUUUCCCAGAUUUGGGAUCCCAUCAGAAAUAAGUUCAGACAAUGGAUCAUCGUUUAUCCAAAAGACUUUGAAACAAGUGUUACAACACUUAAGAAUAAAACAAAGACUAGGAUGUGUCUACAGACCCCAGGCUCAAGGCACGGCGGAGAAAGCCAAUGGGAUUCUCAAGUCCAAAAUCAACAAAAUAUGUGCCAGUACUAAACUUAAUUGGGUCGAUGCUUUGCCUCUCGCACUAAUGAGCUACCGCAUGCAAACUAACAGAAUUACACAUCUAACACCGCAUGAAAUGCUUACUGGUCGACCAAUGCCUGUACCAUACAGCAGAGGCCCUUACAAAGGACCCCCAUUAGAACAAUUACAAAUGGAGUUAAGAUUGUACAUGAAAAAACUAACUGCUAUCCAUAAAGCUAUUUGUGUGCAGGAAAAGAAAAGAGAGCCGUGUGAGGAGACAGAGACGACACGUCCAGUCGUUCCAGGUGACCAAGUCUAUCUAAGGGUAUUCCGAAGAAAAUGGAAUCAACCAAGAAGGGAAGGACCCUAUAAAGUGACAGCCGCAACUCCAACAGCAAUCCAGGUAGAAGGAAGCAACACCUGGUACCAUCUGAACCACUGCACAAGAGUUCCUAAACCUAAGGUCAGAGAAAGCAGACACGAAACAACUGAGCAAGAGAAUCAGCCGGUGAAGGACAAAGAAGGGCAAAAUGGGGCAAAGGAAAUUGAACAAACUAAUGAGAAUAAUGACUCUGACAACAUGUCUGAUCAUCCUAUGCUCGUCACAACUUCAAACCACAAUCAACACCACUACUCCAAACCCCACAACUCAGACUCUCAACCACACUUCCCUUCCAUCAACUUUUCAACCCUCCACGAGACCUAGUAACAACUCGAUUUCAAUUACAGGAGAACCAGGACUGUAUGGAAAACAACGUAGAAACAGCGAAGAAACUUACAGCAUGUAUGAGGGUGAUGAUAAACUAGAUGUGUUAUGGGAAACUGCUCAAAGUAAUCAGUGGUACGAGUGGGCAACUUUUACAACAAUGGAACUAAAGAAAAAAGAUUGCCUAUUCUGUUCUAAAUCACCAAUGAGCCAAGUGAUAGUAGUCCCUAAUCCAUUCACUUAUGAACAUUGUGCUAUAUUCAACAGAAACUUUUGUCAUUUAGGAAGAGACUUCAGGCCUCAUUGUCCAGCUGAGUGUCUAGGCUCCCUAAGCAAUGCUAAACAAAAACCAUUUCUACAAGCAUAUACCUCGAUUGAGAGCUAAAUGUAAAAGCUUAGAUAUAACUGAAGAUUUGAAAAUACAAGUCGAUCAAGUAGAGAUUCCACUAUGGUACACCAUAGACUACAGCAAAGAAUAUGAGUGCUUUGUUAACCCCACAGGGGUUGUAAAUGUGGGACAAUUCAAAGGGAAAUGCAGUGUCAUUUGGAAUAUAGAUACAGCAAUAUUUCGAAGUGUUGAUGAUUCUAGAGAUUUUCCACCCCUUCGGGCAUCAGGAAUGAGGAAAGGCGAACAAAUUUGGCCAGCUAAAACCUGUAAAAAUCAAACUAUAUCAUUACCUAAUGCAGACCUAUAUAAGGACCAAAGUAUAGCAUUAGCCGAUUUUUUUUGGAUGUGCGGAAAAAGGAAACUUUUGUCUGCCCUACCAUUAGGAUGGAGAGGUAAAUGCACGAGAGUACGAUUAGUGCAAGAACUCCAUAUAAUAGAAUGGGAUUCAAAAUCCUCAUUAGGGAGAAAUGAAACAAUUAAUCACAGAGUUAAGAGAAAUUAUAUACCAGAUCCUAAAGUAUAUAUAGAUUCAAUAGGUCAACCCAGAGGUAUACCGAAUCAAUUCAAAGCACGAGAUGAAGUCAAAUCAGGUCUUGAAUCAAUAUUCAUUUGGAUUUCACAAAAUAAAAAUACAGAAUGGAUAAAUUACAUAUACUACAAUCAACAAAGGUUCAUUAAUUAUACCAACGAAGCAUUAAUUUCUUUAGGAGAACAAUUAGAUGCAACAAGUAAAAUGACAUGGCAAAAUAGAUUAGCCCUUAAUUGGAUGCUAGCUGACAAAGGAGGGGUAUGUGUCUUAUUUGGAGACCAAUGUUGUACCUAUAUCCCUAAUA